AUGGAGAGCACUGUCACAGCUACAGAGCACGACGGGGGCUCUCGCAGAGAGCGGCCAUGGCUGUAUGCAUCGAAUCGCAAGCUGCGCCAUCUUUAUGGUAUAUCUGUCCGAAAUCUGGUCGUUACACCCCCAAUAAAUCGAGCGCGCGGCAAGACCAUUGAUGACGACGACAUCCCAAACGCCCUUACAUCACCCUCGAAGAUUCUGGCGCAGAAUGAGAGCCGCUCUUUACAUCCUUCGCGAUCCUUUACCGACCUCAAUUCACGCUCAAAUCCCCAAAGCCAUGCAGAACCGAAGCUUGUCAGACGCGAAUCGCGACGACGAAGUCUCCUUCCUUGGAAUGACCCCAAUCCUCGAACGAGACAGGUGAGCUUGGAAGAUAUCACAAAGAGUCGCAUGGCAGAUACUUGGGUGUCUAUUCACUGCGACGAUGUUGAUGAGCCGGUUUAUAUUAGCGAGGUGGUUAGUAAGGCUACCAACCCAAGCUUUCGUUCUUUCGACCUGAACUUCUGUGGGCCUGGUGUCUCUAGGAAGGACACAUUGACUCUGAAGCUCUGGGCGAAGACAGAAAAGAUGGCGGAGUAUAUGCUGCUUGUCGAAUUGCAGCUUCACCUACGGUCCCUACAAUUUCUGGGCAGAACUAUCGAAAGCUUCCACCACCCACUACCCGCGAACUCCAUCUUGUUCCACUUUCCAGAUGGGGUGUACACCAAUUUAACAAAUCUUCCGUCGGUCGAGCCAUCUCUCGGCGGCGCAGGCCACCGGGCUACUGCUGAUGGAGCUGCGCUGCCCACAUCCUCAUACGACGCAUUGAUGCGGUUGGCCAACCUGGAUGAAUGCGUUCAGGAUGCGCUAGCGACUCGAGAGAAGCUAGAGGUACAGAUUGGCGAUAUUCUCAAGAAAAACGAGGAUGCACUUGCUACCCAAAGUGAUGCGGCUAAGGCGCAGGAUCGCCUCGCCUCCAUCAAGCAGGCAGUUGCAACCGAGCGAAAGCAACUUCGGGCAUCCGCCAAGCGCAAGGCCGAUCUCAUUGCAAGCAUCAAAUCUCGGAAGGAUGCUAUGGAACAGGGUCGAACUGCACAAGAAAAAGCUCGAAGUCAUCUCCCAGAUGCCCAGGAAAAGCUGGUCUCUAGCGAGCAAUUACUCCAUCAGACCUCGGAAGAUGCCAAGGGUCAGAUUCGGCGUAUCGCCGAGGACCUAAUGGUCAUCUACCCAAUUGAGCCCAUUCCAGAUAAAUCACUCGCCUUCACUAUCGCAGGACUACCACUCCCCAACUCGGACUUCGAAGACAUCGACCGUGACAUGGUUGCAGCAGCACUGGGCUUUACCGCUCACGUAGUAUACCUGCUCUCGUUCUACCUAUCCGUGGCCAUCCCUUACCCCGUCAGCCCAAACCAGUCGAUAUCCCUAAUCCAGGAUCACAUAUCCGCAGAUCUUCCGCAGCGCAUAUUUCCCCUUUACCCGGUCAGCGUCCAGUAUCGAUUUGAGUAUGGUGUCUUUCUCCUAAACAAGAAUAUUGAGUUUUUGCUCAACAAGUGUGGCAUUCGAGGCCUGGAUAUUCGACAUACUCUUCCCAACAUCAAAUACCUUCUCUACAUUUUGACUGCGGGUACACCGGAGAUCCCUGCUCGUAAAGCGGGCGGUAUUCGAGGCCUCCUUGGUACAAAAAUGACCCCUAAUUUAUCUCGGCGAGGGAGCAUUGAAAGUGCGGCAUCUGGUGAAUUAGUUCCGCCACGGAAGGCAUGGGACUUGGUUUCGAAAAUGAACGGAAGUCUUGCUUUGGAUCAUGGGGCCAAGCCUCCAGUGACCACAAACCACCCGCUGGCGUCGCGCGUUGCUUAG